UCUCGCCUCCCAACACAGAAGAUUUAAUUUACCUCUGACCCGUCCUGUGACACAUUUUCUGUCAGUAAACAGAGUUACAUAAAAUAGGACGCUACACCUGGACUUCGUCAUAUCUCCUUGAUUUCUGCACCGUCUCUUUUACACAACUGACAAGAUGGCAGGACGUGACAAAGCUUCAGACCAGCUCAAAGAAUUCAAGAAAACCCAAACAAAGGAGGAUGUUUUGACAACAGGAACAGGGGCCCCGGUGGGUCUUAAGACAGCCACCAUGACAGUGGGGCCCAGGGGACCCGUUCUUCUCCAGGACUUUGUUUUUACUGAUGAAAUGGCUCACUUCAAUCGUGAAAGAAUCCCAGAAAGAGUGGUUCAUGCUAAAGGAGCAGGAGCGUUUGGAUACUUUGAGUGUACCCACGACAUAACAAAGUACACAAAAGCUAAACCGUUUGAAUUUGUUGGCAAGAAGACUCCUCUGGCCGUGAGAUUCUCAACUGUUGGUGGAGAGAGUGGAUCAGCUGACACAGCUCGUGACCCUCGAGGAUUUGCCGUGAAGAUGUACACAGAGGAAGGAAACUGGGAUUUGGUGGGAAACAACACACCCAUCUUCUUCAUCAGAGAUCCCAUGCUGUUCCCAAGCUUUAUCCACACCCAGAAAAGGAACCCACAGACACAUCUCAAGGACCCUGACAUGUUCUGGGACUUCAUCACCCUGAGACCGGAAACGACUCACCAGGUGUCCUUCCUGUUCUCCGACAGAGGCACGCCUGAUGGUUACAGAAGGAUGAACGGAUAUGGAAGUCACACAUUCAAACUUGUCAACAGUCAAGGCAACCCUGUCUACUGCAAAUUCCACUGGAAGUGUGACCAAGGCAUUAAGAAUCUGAUGGCGGAUAAAGCUGCACAGCUGGCCACAGAUGAUCCUGAUUAUGCCAUCAGAGACCUUUACAACCACAUCAGUGAAGGAGACUUCCCCUCAUGGACCCUCAAAAUUCAGGUCAUGACCUUUGAGGAGGCAGAAAAAUUCAGAUACAAUCCAUUUGACCUUACCAAGAUUUGGCCACAAGGAGAAUUCCCCUUGAUUCCAGUUGGAAGAAUGGUUUUGAACAGAAACCCAAAGAACUACUUUGCUGAAGUGGAGCAGAUUGCCUUUUCACCAGCUCACAUGAUACCUGGAGUGGAGGCCAGUCCAGACAAAAUGUUACAGGGUCGACUAUUUUCCUACUCUGACACCCACAGACAUCGUCUUGGCAGUAAUUACCUACAGUUACCUGUUAACUGUCCAUUCAAUGCCAGGACCAAGAAUUACCAGAGGGAUGGGCCUCAAUGCGUGGACGACAAUCAAGGUGGUGCACCAAACUACUUCCCCAACAGUUUCUCUGGGCCCUUGGAUAAUCCAUCUUCAUUAGAGAGUGAGUUUUCCAUCAAUGGUGAUGUCAAACGCUACAACACAGCAGAUGAGGACAACUUCUCCCAAGUUGGUGUCUUCUGGAGAAAGGUUCUGAAGCCUUCAGAGAGACAGAGAUUGGUGGAAAACAUUGCUAAUCAUGUUAUCAAUGCCUCAGAAUUCCUGCAAAAGAGAGUGAUCAAGAAUUUCAGCCAGGCAGAUCCAGAAUAUGGCCGUGGAAUUCAGGAGGUUCUCGACAAACUCAAGGCCCAGAUGAAAUCAAAGAGUGGAGUACCUGCUCAGCUGUAAAGUGAUCCAGACUGUGUAUAAUGAGACAGAGUGAUAAUGUAUAGGGCCGGCUAGUAUUGAUCCUGGAUUUUACAGGAACUAAUCAUCUCUUUUGAUAAUAGUGUUGUAAUCCUCAACAAUUGUGAUGAAUCAACAAAUAUUUCCUAAUUGAUUAUCCAGAUAUGUAUUAUAUGUGGGUUUUUUUAAAUGCAUUUUUAAUCAUUAAUAACAAUGACAUACUGUCCGUAACAUGUGUUUUGCUGUAAGAUUUUUCUACUAUUAAGUUAUAACAUGAAGUAGAUUUGAUAUAUAUAGUACACAAUGACUUCAGAAUAUAUUCGUAUGAUAGUUUUGAUGAAUGUUUCUGAUUUAGAAUUAUUAUUUUUGUACCAAAUCACAACACUGUAGUUUGACCAUUUUAUUGUGCUUCCUGGUGUAGAUUUCCUGAAAUUCAUUUUCCUGUUUAAGCUGACAAAACAUGAUAAUGACAAUGUAAUGUUUAUUAUGUAAUGUAUACAUAGAUAUCGUGUGACUCAAUGAUAGAUAAAAAUUGUGUAUGGUUUUUGUUACAUCAUCUUUUGAUUGUAUUCUCUGAAAUCUGUCAAAAGUGAUUAUUAAUGAAUAUUUCAAAUUUA